AUGGAAAAAGCAGUUCGUGGAGCAACCAAAUCUAAACGUGCUGCCCCAAAACAAAAAUAUUUAGACGCUUUAAUUUCAGCUACCACACAUGACGACAGUCUUGAUUUGGUUUUAAAAUGCCUUAAUAAUCGGUUGAAGGAACAUUCAUGGACAGUAGUUUUCAAAAGUCUCAUCGUAAUCCAUAUCUUAAUAAGUCAAGGAAUAGAACAAACAAAAAAUAUUCAUUCUUAUGCUAAAUAUCUAGAAGAAAGUAUAGAAGUUUAUCGAGAUUUGAAAAUAAACUAUAUUUCAGUUUUAUCAGAGAAUAACGGAAUUGGUCGUUUGCGAAAUCUUACAGUCGCAAAAGGACUUCUUCGUGAGGUUAAAAUAGUGCAAAAACAAAUGAAUGCAUUAUUACUGUGCAAGUUCUUUUUAGAAGCAGCAUUAUCCAAUGAAGUAACAUUAUAUGCAUUUAACCUUAUUGUGAAAGAUUUAAUAUCACUUUUUCAAGCAAUUAAUGAAGGUGUAAUUAAUGUUUUAGAACAUUAUAUGGAAAUGUCAAAGAUAGAUGCAAGAGAUGCUUUACAAAUUUAUAAAACAUUUGUUAAACAAACUGAAAAAGUAGUUGAUUUUCUUGGUGCAGCUAAAGGCUUGUCAAUUAUUUCUGGAAUGAACCUUAAACAUACAUUAUUAUUUGUAAAUCCAUAUAAUCCAUAUAAUAAUUUAAAUAAUCAAUAUUCUGCUCAAAGUUCAAUAAAUUAUGGUGGUGGUAUUAAUCCCUUUUCAGUUAAUCAGCCACAGGCACCUCAAAUUACAUUUAAUCAAGAUACCAAUCCAUUUCAUAGUAAUCCUUUUAGAAGACUUUCAAUGUCUCCAGGAUUUCAACAAAUUCAAGAUUCUUCAGCCAUUUUUCAAUCUUCCAUAGAUUCAAAUGAUGUACCACACUCUCUCAAUCAAUUUCAACAACAUUCAAUGAACAAUGUGUCAGGUGGCAGUUUAUUAUGA